AUGGCCUCUUCCGAAGGUGCAGACUUCACAAACGUGACAGAAGCUUCGAACUUCCUUGGCGAACUCUUGGAUGAUACCGUGUUUCAAAUUAACGGCAACGCCAGAGCGAGGUAUUUCUGGUAUGGCGUCUCGGCUUUCAUUGGGGUUGUCGCGAUUUUCAACCUGGCUUGGCGGCUGGAGUUGCGAAGAAGAAGAUUCUCCAAGGCCCAUUCAUCAGGGAAAUUCAUUCGAUGCGCCACAACUAUCACUCAGCUGGCGCGACGGGCAACCUACCCUCAGGUGACACCGACUCACACCGCAUACUGGUUCAAAGUCCCCCCCUUGGGGAUUGUGUAUCUGAUCCUAGCCUAUGCUUUGUUCAUUCUCCUCUUGGAAUUUGUGGAAGGUGAGGGUGUGACGGGCCCAACAUGGUGGACCUUGGUUGGUGUUCGUGCCGCAUGGCUCGCCGUUGCUCAAAUGCCGUUAAUUGUCCUGCUUGUCGGCAAGCACAGCCUCAUCGGUCUUCUGACUGGAGUAUCUUAUGAGCGACUGAACGUUCUGCAUCGUUGGGUCGCUCGCGGGAUGCUUCUUCUCGUCACCCUACACUUCGCGCUGCUUGCCUGGGGAUGGAGUCGAUUUCCAGGACUUCAGUCCCUGGAAUGGGCAACCGAUGAGGCUUAUCGGUCUGGUGUUGCAGCCUAUGCCAUCAUUCUGUGGAUGAAUGUAUCAGCCGUCGCGCCUCUGCGACACUGGUCGUGGGACUUUUUUGUCUUCCAGCACAUCGUCACUUACAUGGGAUUUAUCAUCGCCAUUGCCAUGCAUAUCCCCGGAAGUGCCAAUUACGCCCUCGUCUAUAUCUAUGUUGCGGUCGCUCUUUAUCUUGUGGAGCGACUGAUCUACUUUGCUCGCUUUGCAUUCACCAAUUUCGGGCUGAGCAAAGUUGUGCUGCAGCCACUCGAGGGCGAUGUCACCAAAAUGUAUGUGACAAAUCGUCGUGUUCGGACAUGGACUCCCGGAGCCCAUGUCCUGAUUGGCAUUCCCCGAUUCGGAUUGAUCCAAUCUCAUCCUGCGACAAUCUUAUCGACUCCAACCUCGCACAAUGGGGACAUGGUUUUGUUGUUGCGAGCAUAUCAGGGAUUCACCCGGCGCAUCUAUCAGCAGCAGCAUCAGCAGAAAAAGUUGCAUGACAGUGAAGGAGCGGCCAGCAUAUCUCACCACGAGCGACAGUCUGGGAGCAAACCUGUAAGAUUUGUCGCUCUAAUCAACGGCCCGUAUGGUGCAUCUCAUGCGGACUUUGCCUCCUUCGAGACUCUUGUGCUUGUUGCUGGUGCAACUGGAGUGACUUUCACCAUCGCGAGCCUUUUGGAUCUUGCGCACCGAGUCACUCGGGAAGUGGAAAGCGGGAUGAGAAACUCUCCAUUGCGUAAAGUGAUUUUCAUCUGGCUCGUCCGCAAGUCUGUCUGGGUGGAAUGGAUCUCUGAUGAGUUGCGCAAGGCCACCGUGGACCUGGAACAAGCGCAGAUUGGGUUUGAACUGCAAGUCUUUGUCACUCAGGCGGGCAGGCAGGAGACGACUCUGACAGGUCGCCCCGUCGUUGAUUCUCAAGACCAGAAUAGAGAAUCGGAGGAAAAGUUCACUCUCAACGGACAAGUUGGCGAGAUCUCCGGGCUGACGGUAGGUUUGGGGCGGCCAACUUGGAAGACGCUUCUUCAGGGCCAUCUUUGCGAGGCCAGUGGGGAGAGUGCAGUGGGGGUGUGUGGUCCUUUGAGCUUGUCGGUGGAAGUGCGCCGGGAAGUUGUUUCGCUGAAUGCUGACCGGACUCGCCCGGUCUACUUGCACGUGGAGAGCUUUUCAUAG